UGUGUGUGAGUGAGAAACAAAGGAAUGGCAUUCAUGGUGGACAAGUGUGGAGAGAUGGUGGUCAAUAUGGACUCUCACAAGACAGUUCCAGCUCCAUUCCUCACAAAAACAUACCAACUUGUUGAUGAUCCUCUCACCAAUCACAUUGUUUCUUGGGGUGAAGAUGACACCACUUUUGUUGUUUGGAGACCUCCAGAGUUUGCCAGAGAUCUCCUCCCUAACUACUUCAAACACAACAAUUUCUCUAGCUUUGUCAGACAACUCAACACUUAUGGAUUCAGGAAGAUAGUAGCAGAUAGAUGGGAGUUUGCCAAUGAAUUUUUUAGAAAAGGAGAGAAACAUUUGCUUUCAGAAAUUCAUAGAAGGAAAACUCCACAGAUAUCUCAGCAGUUUCAACAAGAAGAUCAUCAGAUAGCAACUUGGAUUGAUUGUCCGGUGCCGCUGCCCGGUGGUGAUACUGAUUAUAUAUCGGCUUUGUCGGAGGAUAACCGGAGACUGAGAAGAAGGAAUUUGGUGCUUUUAUCUGAGCUUAAUCAUAUGAAGAAGCUUUACAAUGAUAUCAUUUAUUUUCUUCAGAACCAUGUUAGUCCUGUGGUUCCUGCUUCUUCUCCUUCCGGAAGGUUGAUGGAGAUUGGUGAUCAUGAUGAUCAGUUGCAAUGCUUUAAAAAGCCGAGCUCGAGCUCGAUAUCGAUUGCCGGAGAGAGUGCUGAUGGUGCUGCUUUUAAGCUCUUUGGAGUUCAUCUUCAUGGUAAGAAGAAGAGGUUGCACCAGGAGGCUAGUACUCAUGUUGAAGAUCAUCAAGCUCAGUGUCAUUUGAUCUCUAGAUUCACAUAGUUGUGUAUAUUUGUUUGAUUCCUCAUUCCAGAAUCCAGAAUCCAGAAUCAAGAAUCAAGAAUGUUUCUUUGCCUUAAUCUCUCUUUCUCUUUUGAGGAUUUCUCAUCAACAUUAACUUUCUCUUUGUAUUUUUAGUGCAUUGAUUCUUCUUGUCUCCUCAC